AUGACUACUGAUAAAACCACUGUUUUUGUUUCUGGUGCUACUGGUUUCAUUGCUCUACACGUCGUGGACGAUUUAUUGAGAGCUGGUUACAAGGUCAUCGGUUCGGGUAGAUCCCAAGAAAAGAACGAUGGUUUGUUGAAAAAAUUUAACAAUCCCAAUCUUUCAAUGGAGAUUGUCGAAGACAUUGCUGCUCCAAAUGCUUUUGACAAAGCUUUCGAAAAGCGUGGCAAAGAGAUCAGAGUUGUUUUGCACAUAGCUUCUCCGGUCCACUUCAACACUACUGAUUUGGAAAAGGACCUUUUGAUUCCAGCUGUCAAUGGUACCAAAUCCAUUCUGGAAGCUAUUAAAAAAUACGCCGCAGAUACUGUUGAAAAGGUCGUCAUCACUUCUUCUGUUGCUGCUCUUGCUUCCCCUGUAGACAUGAAGGACACCAGCUUCGUUGUUACUGAGGAAAGUUGGAACAAAGACACUUGGGAAAGCUGUCAAGCUAACGCGAUUUCCGCAUACUGCGGUUCCAAGAAAUUUGCUGAGAAAACUGCUUGGGAUUUUCUCAAGGAAAACCAGUCAAGCAUCAAAUUUACGCUAUCGACCAUCAACCCAGGAUUUGUUUUUGGCCCUCAGUUAUUCGCUGACACACUUAGAAAUGGAAUAAAUAGUUCUUCAGCUGUUAUUGCCGAAUUAGUUCGUUCUAAAUUGGGCGACAAGUUUUAUAAUUACAGCGGUCCUUUUAUUGACGUUCGCGAUGUUUCAAAAGCUCAUUUACUUGCAUUUGAAAACCCCGAAUGUGCUGGCCAAAGAUUAUUUUUGUGUGAGGAUGUGUUCUGCUCCCAAGAAGCGCUGGAUAUCCUGAACGAGGAAUUUCCACAGUUAAAAGGCAAGAUAGCAACUGGUAAUCCUGGCAGCGGUCCAAGCUUUUUGAAAAAAAACUGUUGCAAGUGUGACAACUGCAAGACCAAAAAAUUAUUAGGAUUUGAAUUCUAUAAGUUUAGAGAUUGCAUUGUUGAUACCGCCUCGCAAUUGCUAGAAGUUGAAAAUGAAAACUAA